CCUGUGCCGGCGUACAGGGAAUGUUAGCCAGAGAUGCAAUGCUGUGACCUCCAGGGCCUGGGCCCCAGGCAGGGGGGGUUGGAUGGAGCCUGUAGGCCAUGGUCCAGCCCUGAACCAGACUCAAGGCCCCUGGCCACUGUGCCUGGUGGGGGCAAAGGAUGACUGCCCCUCCACUUCCCGUCCUAAAGCCACUAAACGCCACCGCAAAGCCCGACUGGAAAAGCUGUAUGUAAAGGGGCCGUUGCUGGGGAAAGGGGGCUAUGGCUCUGUCUAUGCAGGGACCCGCAAAUCUGACGGCAUGCCGGUAGCCAUCAAGUAUGUGUCCAAGGCCCAAGCUGAGGAGGAGCUGGACAUUCCUGGGCAAGAAGGGCCCCUGCCCCUGGAGGUGGCGUUGAUGAAGCAGGUGAACGUGGCGCCACAGUGUCCCUACAUCAUGCAGCUGCUGGAGUGGUUUGACCAGCCAUCGCGCUACAUCAUGGUGCUGGAGCGCCCCGAGCCCUGCCAAGACCUUAUCGCCUUCUGCCAGGACCGGGGAGGCACCAUGAGCGAGGGCUUAGCGCGCCAGGUGAUGGUGCAGCUGUUGAGGGCGCUGAACCACUGCAGCGAGCGAGGGGUCCUGCACCGGGACGUCAAGCCAGAGAACCUGCUGAUCCAGACUGACUCUCAGCACGUCAAGCUGUUCGACUUUGGCUGUGGAGACCUGCUGAAGAAUACGGCCUACAAGGACUUUGCAGGCACCCUGGAGUACACCCCUCCAGAGUGGUUCCUACAUAGACAGUACCUGGCAGGUCCAGCUACUGUCUGGUCGGUGGGCAUCACCCUCUACAACCUGAUAUGUGGCUUCCUGCCCUUCAGCACCAUCCGAGAGACCAUCAAGGGCCGCGUGCGCUUCACCAAGGGACUGUCCCCCGAGUGCCGUCAGCUGAUUCGCUGGUGCCUGAGCACUAAGGCAGCGGACCGACCAACCAUGGAGCAGAUCCAGCUCCAUCCCUGGCUCCUGUGAGGGGCCAACCAGGCCAAUGAAAAAUACAAUUAUAAUCUCAGUUCAUUCUUGUCUUAGUCAUUUGAGUCACUUUUAAGCACUUUAACCGAGCACUUUAUAGCGUGGUUUAAAACCCCCACCCCAAAAGACUAAUAGCGAACGUGCCUAAAGAUGGCAUUGUUUUAGCACCAUCCAAAGUUUUUCAACAAAACCUGACACAAAUGAAGAUGGGUUUGGUGGAACGACUGGCGCUGCAGUUAAAUGCUGUACUUUUGAUUUAUUUCCCCUGGAGUCUUCCAUUCUGAAAAUAUAAAUAUUUAUAGGCUUAGUGCUUC